GUGAUGGCGGAGGACAGUGAGUCCGCGGCCAGCCAGCAGAGCUUUGACCUGGAUGACCAGGACACCUGCGGUAUAGACGGUGAUAACGAGGACGAAGCGGAGCAUGCCAAGGGGAGCCCUGCUGGGGAUCUAGGAGCCAAAAAAAAGAAGAAGAAACAAAAGCGGAAAAAGGAAAAGCCAAAUUCUGGUGGCACCAAGUCGGACUCUGCCUCUGAUUCUCAAGAAAUAAGGACACAGCAGCCUUCAAAAAAUCCAGCCAUUCCAAUGCAAAAACUGCAAGACAUCCAGAGAGCUAUGGAGCUGCUUUCUGCCUGCCAGGGACCCGCAAAGAACCUUGACGAGGCAAGCAAACGUAAAUACCAGUUUUGGGAUACACAGCCUGUACCCAAACUUAACGAAAUUAUAACAUGUCACGGUCCUAUUGAGGCUGACAAGGACAACAUACGCCAAGAGCCAUACUCCUUGCCUCAGGGAUUUAUGUGGGACACACUGGACUUGAGUAAUGCUGAGGUGCUAAAAGAACUUUACACUUUGCUAAAUGAAAAUUAUGUGGAAGAUGACGAUAAUAUGUUCCGAUUUGACUAUUCCCCGGAGUUUCUACAAUGGGCUUUGCGUCCACCUGGCUGGUUAUCGCAAUGGCACUGCGGUGUUCGGGUUGCCUCCAACAAGAAACUAGUGGGUUUCAUAAGCGCGGUUCCUGCUUCAAUCCGUAUUUAUGAUACUGUAAAGAAAAUGGUAGAAAUCAAUUUCCUGUGUGUCCAUAAAAAGCUGCGAUCGAAGAGAGUGGCUCCUGUGCUUAUCCGUGAAAUAACAAGGAGAGUAAAUCUGGAGGGGAUAUUCCAAGCAGUUUACACAGCAGGAGUUGUUCUUCCAAAGCCCGUGUCAACAUGCAGAUACUGGCAUCGGUCCCUGAAUCCUAGAAAACUGGUAGAAGUGAAGUUUUCUCAUCUAAGUAGAAAUAUGACAUUACAAAGGACAAUGAAGCUUUACAGGCUGCCAGAUGCCAUAAAGACCGCAGGUCUAAGACAAAUGGAAAGGAAGGAUGUUACAAUGGUCCAGCAUUUACUAAACAACUAUCUGAAGCAGUUCAACCUUGCUCCUUUCAUGGAUGAAGAAGAGGUCGAACACUGGUUUCUUCCUCAGGAUCAUAUUAUUGACACCUAUGUUGUAGAGAGUUCAAAUGGGGUUCUAACAGAUUUUCUCAGUUUCUACACAUUACCGUCAACAGUGAUGCACCACCCCAUCCAUAAAACUCUUAAAGCAGCAUAUUCCUUCUACAACAUCCACACAGAAACACCUCUGUUGGACCUAAUGAAUGAUGCACUAAUUAUUGCCAAAUUGAAAGGAUUUGAUGUUUUUAAUGCUCUCGAUUUAAUGGAAAACAAAAUUUUCUUGGAAAAGCUGAAGUUUGGGAUUGGAGAUGGCAAUCUGCAGUAUUAUCUGUAUAACUGGAAGUGUCCAGCCAUGGAAUCUGAAAAGGUCGGCUUGGUGUUGCAGUAAGGAGCACAUUUGCAUUCCAUCUGUAGUCAUGAAGGGACUCGAGUAGCCAAUGUGCAUGAACAAAAAGCACAAAGUACAUGGAAGCAAAUGGAGAGGCAAAGGAAACCUGAAAUAAUGAAGAAAUCUUAGAAUCCUGGCAGAUUCUGGCACCACACAGGCAUGGGACAGAGCCAUCAUUGAUCUUAUUUUUCAUGAAGAACUUGUACAAAAAGAACUAAAGCACAUUCCUUUCACUUAAAAACCUUUUCCUUUGUGGACUGAGUUUCCGGUCUUUAACCCACCAUCAUUUUUAUACAGAAAACUGCAGAAUGCAUGUAAAAUAAAACUCUCUACAUUUGGUUGUAUCUGCAGCAAAAAAAAAAAAAAAAAAAGCAUCAAGACUUUGGUUUUGAGAAUGCCAACAAAUGACUCAUUUUUAAGGUAUUUCUGGCAACUGGAGUUUGAGGAGAGCACUGACAUCAUGAACACUCUAACGCUUUAACAUUUGGAUAUUGCUGCUGUACUCUUCCUGGCAUUGUGCUGCUGGCCCUAUUCAUCAGAACAGGGCAUAGAAUUGUAAUUAGCUUUUUCUAUUUAAGUCACAGUGUUAUAUUGAAACGAUAAACCUGGUAACUGGCUGGGGCUAAUGUUGAUUAUGCCAGAAUGGAAAGGUUUUUUUUUUUUUUUUUUUGGAGGGGUGGGACUGGUGCUUUAAAAGGUCCAUUUGUGUUUAGCUGGCAUGUAGCUUAAUGAAUUGGUUCCCAAAUGUGCUUUCAUCUUUGAGCUAGUGCAUGGUUUCUGGAUCAGAUUUUUAAGGAUUGUCGAGUGCGUAGAAAUUGGUACAAUGGCCUGCUUUCUGUGGGGAUAUCCUGAAAACAUGCAGUGCUUUCUGGAACAUGAGAACCAAUACACCCAUGUAAAUCCAAAACUUCAUUCCAGUUCUGUUGCCAAGAGUCCCAUAUGGAUUUGCCUGUCCACAUUUUCCUGUAACAAAAUAGA